AGUGUUCUAUAAGCUUUGGGAAAACCUUUAGAGACCUCCAAAGGACCGUGACCUGGAAAAGAGUUUUUAGGAAGAUCAGUGUGGUCGAAUUGCUGGGUGAAUUAACCUGGAGUAAGAGCUCCCUGUGGCGUCCCCCAGUCUCACUUGCGGUCAGCCUCCUUAUUCUGGGAGGAGGUAUACUGAUGGAUAUGCCACUGUUUCUGAGCCGGGGAGGAAGCCCCCUGCCCUCCUAGGGAGACAGCUGCGGUUGCUGGCGCGGCGCGGACUGGUGACGUCAUGGCGGCCCAGAGCGCCCAGGAAGAGCUGCGCGGGCGGCCCAGGAGCGCGCAGAUGAUAGAGGGUGGAGAGGUGUGGCCGGCGGCGCCGCGGGGAGCGCGUGCUGAGUUACGCAGUGUGACAAAUUGUCAGUCUAACCAACCAAGUAAUGAAGGCGAUGCUAUCAAAGUUUUUGUGCGAGUUCGCCCACCUACAGAGGGUUCUGGAUCAGCUGAUGGAGAGCAAAACUUAUGCCUAUCUGUGCUGUCCUCUACGACUGUCCGGCUGCACUCCAACCCUGAGCCCAAAACCUUCAUAUUUGAUCAUGUGGCAGAAAUGGACACCACUCAGGAGUCUGUGUUCUCAACUGUGGCCAAAGGCAUUGUGGAGUCUUGCAUGAGUGGCUAUAAUGGUACCAUCUUUGCAUAUGGACAGACUGGUUCAGGGAAAACAUUUACUAUGAUGGGACCAUCUGAAUCUGAUAAUUUUUCUCAUAACCUGAGAGGAGUAAUUCCACGAAGUUUUGAAUAUUUGUUUUCCUUAAUUGAACGUGAAAAAGAGAAGGCUGGAGCUGGAAAGAGUUUUCUUUGUAAGUGUUCCUUUAUUGAAAUCUACAACGAGCAGAUCUAUGACCUCCUGGACUCUGCAUCGGCUGGACUGUACUUAAGGGAGCAUAUUAAGAAGGGAGUCUUCGUUGUUGGUGCUGUGGAGCAGGUGGUGACUUCAGCUGCUGAAGCCUAUCAGGUGUUGUCUGGAGGGUGGAGAAACAGACGUGUGGCAUCAACAUCAAUGAAUAGAGAAUCCUCUAGGUCUCAUGCAGUCUUUACAAUUACAAUAGAGUCGAUGGAGAAAAGCCAUGAAACUGUGAACAUACGGACCUCCCUUCUCAAUCUGGUGGAUUUAGCAGGAUCUGAAAGGCAAAAAGAUACCCAUGCAGAAGGGAUGAGAUUGAAGGAAGCAGGUAACAUAAACCGAUCGUUGAGCUGCCUGGGCCAGGUGAUUACUGCGCUUGUCGAUGUGGGUAAUGGAAAACAGAGACACGUUUGCUACAGAGACUCCAAACUUACCUUCUUACUCCGGGAUUCCCUUGGAGGUAAUGCCAAAACAGCCAUAAUUGCAAAUGUUCAUCCUGGAUCUAGGUGUUUUGGGGAAACCCUAUCAACGCUUAAUUUUGCCCAAAGAGCCAAGCUGAUUAAAAAUAAGGCAGUGGUAAAUGAAGACACGCAAGGAAAUGUGACCCAGCUCCAAGCUGAAGUGAAGAGGCUCAAAGAGCAGCUGGCCCAGCUUACUGCAGGGCAGAUACUACCAGAAAGCUUUCGGACCGGAGGCAAAGACGAGACUGACUACAUGAAGUAUUUCCGAGAGGCAAUGUUAUUUUUUAAGAAAUCUGAACAGGAAAAGAAGUCUUUGGUAGAAAAAGUUAGCCAAUUGGAAGACCUCACCCUCAAAAAAGAAAAAUUUAUUCAAUCUAAUAAAAUGAUCGUGAAAUUCCGAGAGGAUCAAAUAAUGCGCCUAGAGAAGCUCCACAAGGAAUCCCGGGGAAGUUUUCUGCCCGAGGAGCAGGAUCUUUUGCUGUCGGAAUUGAGGGAUGAGAUUCAAACUCUGCGAGAACAAGUAGAGCACCACCCCAGAGUUGCAAAAUAUGCUAUGGAAAAUCAUUCCCUCAGGGAGGAGAACAGAAGACUGAGAUUGUCACAGCCUGUGAAAAGAGCCCACGAAAUGGAUGCCCAGACCAUCGCAAUCCUGGAAAAAGCUUUCUUUGAAGUAUCUGGCACAGAGAAAAAUGACAAAAGUCAGCAAAGAUUCUCUCCUAAAGCUCCGAAAGAGCCAUGUUCGUUAGCAAACACUGAGAAGUUAAAAGCACAACUCCUGCAAGUUCAGACAGAGCUGAAUAAUUCAAAGCAAGAAUAUGAAGAAUUCAAAGAACUAACUAGGAAAAGGCAGCUGGAAUUAGAAUCAGAGCUUCAGUCUUUGCAAAAAGCGAACCUUAAUCUUGAAAACCUUUUGGAAGCAACAAAAGCCUGCAAGCGGCAAGAAGUUUCUCAGCUGAAUAAAAUUCAUGCUGAAACACUUAAGAUCAUAACGACACCAACCAAGGCUUAUCAACUUUGGUCUCGAUCAGUACCAAAAUUAAGCCCUGAACUGGAGAGCUUUGGCUCUGCACACACUCAGAAUUCUAGCAGAUUGGAUAAGGAUAUCUUAAAUGAGCCAUUGCCACCUGAGAUUAGUGAACAAGCUUUUGAAGCCAUUUCUGAAGAGCACAGAAUGGUGCAGGAACAAAUGUGUGCCCUUCAAGUCAAGUUGGAUGAAGAAGAGCAUAAAAACCUAAAGCUUCAGCGGCACAUUGACAAACUGGAACAUCAUUCUACUCAAAUGCAGGAGCUUUUCUCAUCGGAAAGAACUGAUUGGACCAAACAGCAGCAAGGGUAUCUCUCUCAGUUGAAUGUCCUUGAAAAGCAGCUUCAAGACACUCAGACCAAGAAUGACUUUUUGAAAAGUGAGGUACAUGACCUGCGAGUAGUUCUUCAUUCUGCAGACAAGGAGCUGUCUUCGGUGAAACUGGAAUAUAUUUCAUUCAGAGAGAGUCAGGAGAAAGAACUCAACAGCCUUUCUGAAAGACACAUGCAUGUACAGCUUCAACUAGAUAAUGUCAGAUUAGAAAAUGAAAAGCUUCUUGAGAGCAAAACCUGCCUACAGGAUUCCUAUGACAACUUACAAGAAGUAAUGAAGUUUGAAAUUGACCAACUUUCAAAAAACCUCCAAAACUGCAAAAAAGAAAAUGAGACUCUGAAAUCUGAUCUGAGUAAUUUGAUGGAGCUUUUUGAGGCAGAGAAAGAACGCAAUAACAAAUUAUUAUUACAAUUUGAAGAAGAUAAAGAAAACAGUUCUAAAGAAAUCUUAGAAGUUCUUGAAGCUGUACGUCAGGAGAAACAGAAGGAGAUGGCCAAGUGUGAGCAGCAGAUGGCAAAAGUACAGAAACUAGAAGAGAGUUUGUGUGCUACCGAAAAAGUAAUCAGUUCUCUGGAGAAGUCUAGAGAUGCUGACAAGGAAGUUGUAGCUGACCUCAUGAGCCAGAUCCAGGAGCUAAGAACCUCAGUCUCUGAGAAAACAGAAACCAUAGACACCCUGAGGCAAGAACUGAAGGACAUCAAUGGCAAAUAUAAUUCUGCUUUGGUUGACAAAGAAGAGAGCAAAGCAUUGAUUAAGAGACAGGAAGUGGACAUUCUGGAUCUGAAAGAAUCCCUUAGACUGAGAAUACUCUCCGAGGACAUAGAGAGGGACAUGCUCUGUGAGGACCUGGCUCACGCCACUGAGCAGCUGAACAUGCUCACCGAGGCCUCGAAAAAGCACUCGGGGCUUCUGCAGUCGGCCCAGGAGGAGCUGACCAGGAAGGACGCCCUCAUCCAGGAGCUCCAGCAUGAGCUAAACCAAAAGAAAGAGGAAGUAGAACAGAAGAAGAAUGAAUAUAACUUCAAAAUGAGGCAGCUAGAGCAUGUGAUGGAUUCUGCUGCCAAGUAUCCCCAGAGCCCUAAAACACCACCACACUUUCAAACACAUUUGGCGAAACUCCUGGAAACGCAGGAACAAGAGAUAGAAGAUGGGAGAGCCUCCAAGAUUUCUUUGCAACACCUUAUAACAAAGCUAAAUGAAGACAGAGAAGUCAAAAAUGCUGAAAUCCUCAGAAUAAAGGAGCAGUUGUGUGAAAUGGAAAACCUACGCCUGGAAGCCGAGCAGUUAAGAGAGAAAAACUGGCUCCUGCAAGGUCAGCUGGAUGAUAUUAAAAGACAAAAGGACAACAGUGAACAGAAUCAUUCAGACACGCAGCAGCUGAAGAAUGAACAAGAAGAAAUCAAAGAAAGACUUGCUAAAAAUAAAUUGGUUGAAGAAAUGCUAAAAAUGAAAGCAGACCUAGAACAGCUCCAGAGUGCCCUUCAGAACAAAGAGACGGACUACGUUACAAUGACUGAGGAAGUUGAACGAGUUAGAAUGUUGGAGUCUAAAGCGUUCCAAGAAAAGGAACAACUAAGAUCAAAGCUGGAAGAAUUGUAUGAAGAAAAGGAGAGAACGUGCCAGGAGAUGGAAAUGUUAAGGAAGCAGGUGGAGUGUCUCGCCGAGGAAAAUGGGAAGUUGGUAGGUCACCGAAACCUACAUCAGAAGAUCCAGUACGUUGUGCGGCUAAAGAAGGAAAACAUCAGGCUUGCUGAGGAGUCAGAAAAGUUGCGUGCUGAAAAUUUAUUUUUAAAAGAAAAGAAAUGAAUGAAUCAUAAGGAUCCCGAUCAACUACCUACCUUGUUUGGAGACUUCUUUCCCUCUUAUAGAAGUAAGACCUCUCCUUGUGCACUUAGCAGAGCUGAAUUAAGAGCCACGACUAUUACCUGUGUAUGUGGGGGUUGGGGGGCUGACCCUCAAGUUUCUUAUGAACUCUCUGCACCUGUGCACACCUGUGGCAGCCCGCAGCCUGCAGUUAGAGGUUACCGUUUCAAAGCUGUAAAUAUUGAGAAAACCUUUUGUCUUUUUAAAAUAAAAGCCCGUAGCUGCAGUUUUACAGUGGAUGUCGGCCAGAUUAUUUUUUUCCUUCAGUACUGCCAUAAUCUCCUUUGAGUCUUGCAUCAGAAGCUCCAACAAUAUGCAGGUUCCAAAACUUACAGUGAGGUUAGUGAUGGUGCAGUGUGCAUGAAUAGCAAACUUGUUAAUAUAGAUUAUUUUUGUAUUCCUACUUGAAGUGUUCUCAUGGGCCUUUUUUAUGACUG